UGGUAACAACGUCAGUCUCCUAUAGAUGACCAAGGAUGAGCUUGUCUACACCUUUGCCCUUACCUACACUCCUGAGGCGUUUGCUGGCACUCCGAUUACCCGUGCAGGUGGUGCAGUUAUUGGUGUUCAAUGCCAUUAUCAAAGGUUUCAAAAUGUCAGCGGUAAUGCCUUGAAGCCAACUUGGGUCCCUUAUGCCUCAACGGAGGCUGGUGAAGAAGUCUUGCUGUUCUCCCUGAAGCUCAUGAUGGAUGACUGGUCCUAUGAGAGGCCUUCAAACUCUUACUUCCUGGGUGACGUUAUUAAUGUUGAGGCAUCCGUGAAGGUAUACAACCACGUCCCUCUGCGUGUGUUUGUGGACCGCUGUGUGGCCACCCAAGUACCUGAUGUGAACACCCUUCCGAGAUAUUUGUUCAUUGAGAAUCAUGGAUGUCUUGUGGAUGCCAAGGUCACAGCUUCCAGCUCGCGCUUCAUGCCUCGAUCCCAGGAAGACAAAAUCCGGUUCCAGCUGGAGGCCUUCAUGUUCCAGGGGGGAUCCAGUCCUUCUAUCUACAUAACGUGUGUUCUGAAGGCCACUCUUGCUUCUGCACCUAGUGACGCGCUCCACAAAUCCUGUUCCUUUGCCAAUGGGUGGCUUGCUGCUGAUGGGAACCACCAGGUUUGUGGUUGCUGUGACUCCACAUGUGGUCCUGAUGGUGGAACUGCUGCUUCUCCUUUUGGAGGCCUUCAGUGGGAAGGGAAGGCCUCGCUCGGUCCUGUAGUGGUUCAAGAGCACAAGAAGACUUUGGCUGGUCUUCAAUAAAUGUGGGGGAGCAAACUUA